CAAAUUAAUAGUUUAAUUCAGGUAUUUUUUUGUCAGUUCCUGCUUCAUUUCAAUGAAAUUAUAUCCAUAUAAUCUAUAAACUAGUUAUGGUUUAGCUAUAUAAUUUGUUUUAGUAGGAAAUUUUUACAACAUAAGAAUACGUGUUAUAGGACAAUUCAUACUCGAUUAAAUUAACAUUCUUAAACCUAAAUUUCUGUAAAAUGAUGGAGCCUGUUAACAUUUACAGAAAAUAAAGAAUAGGUAUAAACAAGGGUUAAAUUCGAUUGGUAGUUUAUUUCUUAACAACAAAAUAACUUAAAACAUUGAAAAUUUAGAAAUACGUUAUUUUGAUAGUACUUAGUUUAAAUAAUAAGUAUAUUUGUUUCUCUAAAUUUUUCAAAUAUGUUAGAGAAAACUCUUAUUAACUGUCACAUUUUAUUUAACGUUAAACUGCAUUAAUUAAUAUAUUAUGUUCACUUGAAAAUACGUUUAGUUUGUGUUUUAGUGUUUAAUCUCUUAUAAAUAUGAGACAAAAUUUCAUUCUAAAAUACCAGAUACAAACAUUUUAAUAUAUUAUAUUAAUAACGUUUGCCACUUAUUUUGAAAGUAUUGGCAAAAUGGCUCACACUUCCUCCCGAACUACUAUCAUAUUCAUUGUUGUUGCUUUGGUUUGUGCAUUCGUUCCUGCAUUCUCUGUAGAAGAAGCUGAAGCAAAAUCACUAUGGGAUACAUGUCUUCUUAAAAUCAGUCCAAAAUGUGCGUUGGAUAUAAUUGGUGUUGUCUUUGAAAAUUUAACCAUCACUGAUGCAUGCUGUCAUGAUCUUGUUCAAGAAGGAAAAAUGUGUCACGAUACUCUUAUCAAAUAUAUUGCUGAGAAGCCACACUUAGUUGCCCACGAAACAGAUUAUUUGACGAAAAGUGAUGCUUUGUGGACUCAUUGUGUCUCAAUUUCGCAAACUGCUUAAUAAUAUGUUAUGCAUGUAUUGUUCUGAUUAACAAAAAUUGUAUUCAACUAUCGUUAAAUUUUCUUUGAUCAAAAAUCGUGGAUCAAACAACAUGCAAUAUAAAACGAACAUCAAGUGAAUCUCAUUCUAAAUGAAUCAAUACAAAUAUUAACUCAGCUGAAAAACAAUGCGCUAUCCAUACAAGAUUGUUAAACUAAUAACAAAACAUAUAUGAAUAAUUUCAAAAAAUAUUGCUUAAUUAGUUUGAUUUAACGUAUCUUUAAUUUUAAAAUUUAAUUUUCAUCUAAGAUGUCAAUCAUUAUUUUUACAUACUGAAAAAUAUCUUGAUAAUUUAAAACAAGAAUCUAAAAAAACAUCUAAUGUUUCCCAUUUGAAACCUUAGAGUUUAAUAGUACAUGCUAAAAUAAUGACUUGGGAAAAACAAUAUUUUGGAUGCUCAUGUUGUCUACGAUUUUGUAAAUACGAUCAUUUAUAAAGAAAAUAAUGAGACUGGAUGUAAUCACGCAAAAUAACAAUAUCCUAUGACUUGUAAGUAGAUAAUAACUUAUGCCAAUGAUAUUAGGAUUGAGGGUAUGGAUUUGAGUUUUAGAUCGAUCACAAAAGUUUUGGAAACAAAAUUGUGCACAUUUUUUAUUUCAUUUUUUACAAUUUUUAGAUUUGGCUUCAAAAUUUUUAACAGAUUACAACCUUUUAAUUUUGGCAAAUUAAUAGUUUAAUUCAGGUAUUUUUUUUGUCAGUUCCUGUUUCAUUUCUAUGAAAUUAUAUCUAUAUAAUCUAUAAACUAGUUAUGGUUUAGCUAUAGAAUUUUUUUUAGUAGGAAAUUCUUACAACAUAAGGAUACGUGUUAUAGGACAAUUCAUACUCGGUUAAAUUCACAUUCUUAGACCAAAAUUUCUGUAAAAUGAUGGAGCCUGUUAACAUUUACAGAAAAUAAAGAAUAGGUAUAAACAAGGGUUAAAUUCGAUUGGUAGUUUAUUUCUUAACAACAAAAUAACUUAAAACAUAUAUAAUUUAGAAAUAUUUUAUUUUGAUAGUAUUUAGUUUAAAUAAUAAGUAUAUUUUUUCACAAAAUUUUCUCAAUAUGUUAAAGAAAACUCUUAUUAACGGUCAUAUUUUAUUUAACGUUAAACUGCAUUAAUUAAUUUCUUAUGUUCACUUGAAAAUACGUUUAGUCUGUAUUUGAGUGUUUAAUCUCUUAUAAAUAUGAGACAAAAUUUCAUUCCAAAAUACCAUAUACAAUCAUUUUAAUAUAUUAUAUUAAUAACAUUUGCCACUUAUUUUGAAAGCAUAGGCAAAAUGGCUCACACUUCCUCCCGAACUACUAUCGUAUUCAUUGUUGUUGCUUUGGUUUGUGCUUUCCUUCCUGCAUUCUCUGUUGAAGAAGCUGAAGCAAAAUCACUAUGGGAUACAUGUCUUCUUAAAAUCAGUCCAAAAUGUGCGUUGGAUAUAAUUGGUGUUGUCUUUGAAAAUUUAACCAUCACUGAUGCAUGCUGUCAUGAUCUUGUUCAAGAAGGAAAAAUGUGUCACGAUACUCUUAUCAAAUAUAUUGCAGAGAAGCCACACUUAGUUGCCCACGAAACAGAGUAUUUGACGAAACGUGAUGCUUUGUGGACUCAUUGUGUCUCAAUUUCGCAAACUGCUUAAUAAUAUGUUAUGCAUGUAUUGUUCUGAUUAACCAAAAUUGUAUUCAACUAUUGUUAAAUUUUCUUUGAUCAAAAAUCGUGGAUCAAACAACAUGCAAUAUAAACGACCAUCAAGUGAAUCUCAUUCUAAAUGAAUCAAUACAAAUAUUAACUCAUCUGAAAAACAAUGCGCUAUCCAUACAGGAUUGUUAAACUAAUAACAAAACAUAUAUGAAUAAUUUCAAAAAAAAUUGCUUAAUUAGGUUGAUUUAACGUAUCUUUAAUUUAAAAUUUAAUUUUCAUCUAAGAUGUCAAUCAUUAUUUUUACAUACUGAAAAAUAUCUUGAUAAUUUAAAACAAGAAGCUAAAAAAAUAUCUAAUGUUGCCCCUUUGAAACCUUAGAGUUUAAUAGUACAUGCUAAAUUAAUUACUUGGGAAAAACAA